CUUCAAAUAAACUAGUGUCGCUGUGUAUGGGCGGCAACCUCAUACUGCUACCAUGCCUUCACUAUUCCACAAAUACAAUAAUCUUCUUAAGAAGUACCCCUUCAGAACCAAUAUGGUUACUACGGGGGCAUUCUUUGGUAUCGGAGACGCUUGUGCCCAGUACCUUUUCCCACACAAGGAUAUUUACACUGUACUAAACGACAAAGGAGAAGAAGUAGAUGAAAUACGCUAUCAUCCCUAUAACUUUCCCCGAACUGCCCGAGCCAUGAUCUACGGAUCAUUCUUCUUUGCACCCAUUAGUGUGAUGUGGCAUGGAAAGACGUUACCCCGAUUUAAGAAUCCCUUCGUGUCUGCCACUCGUCGUAACGCCAUGAAAAACGAUCCCAAAUUAUACCCCAGAUUGCAUUUUUAUGACACGUUUUUCCGGUUGUCUAUCGAUCAACUCUUAAUUCCUGGGUUUGUGUGGAUCCCGCUAUACAACACAGUGAUGGUGACACUAGCCAUGCAUGAACAUCCGUUUGAUUUGGUUUACGACAAGUUGCACAAGAACUGGUGGAACGUUUUGAAGGCUAGUUGGACUGUCUGGCCCAUGUUCCAGAUGGUGAACUUGUACUUUGUACCCGUACAUUUGAGAAUCGUUACAGCUAAUGUAUGGUCCAUAGGCUGGAACGGGUUCUUGUCAUUUGUUCACAAUACACAAGGGCAUGGCAAGGGUAGCGGAAAGUUAUUGGAAGAAAUGGUGGAUAUAGAAGACGACGACGAAGAGGUUACAAUGGUGUAUGAUUGAGGAAUAGAAUUUAUUAGACAUCGAGAAUGAACCCCAAUAGAAAGCAGCAUGUUCAUUCAGAAAAUUGCAUAUUCAGAAUAUCAUAUUUAGUGUAAUUAUAGUCAGUAUAUUCCCCUGGGAGAUACG